AUGGCGAAUCGACUUAAAACGUAAAUCCAAUUUAGUGAUGAUCAAUUUCCUUUGAAUUCACUUGAACCAACUGAAACCAAAAGAUUUGAAGAUCAUUAUGAAUGUCUCCAGACCAUAGGACAAGGUGCUCAUGCAGUGGUAAAGACAGCAAAGAAGAAAGGGACUGAGGAGAUCUAUGCAGUGAAGAUGGUGCGUUCAGGAGAUUAGGAAAUCUAAAAUAAUGUUAGGAGGACAUUCAACAAUAAUAGAUGUCUUAGACAUUCUAAUAUAGCAUAGGAUAUUGAGUUAUUCAUAAGUGAGAAGAGGGAAACCUCUUAUUUGAUAAUGGAGUACUGCAACUUCCCUAGUUUGGAGAGUGUCAUCUAGAAGCGAGCAUUGACUACUGAAGAGUUGAAAGUGAUUAUAAAAUAAUUGUUGUCAGCCAUCUAACAUUCUCACUCAAAGGGCAUAUGCCAUCGAGAUCUUAAGCCUGAUAACAUACUUGUGAAUUUAGAGGAGAAUAGCAAUCCACCGCAUGUGAAACUUAUAGAUUUUGGAGUCUCCCGCAGAUAUAUAUCCAAAGGAUAAGAAAUUGAAAUGCUUACUAAAACAGGCAAUAUAUUUUAUUGUGCUCCUGAAAUAUUUCACAAGGCUAGUUAUUCAAAAUAAGUUGACAUUUGGGCAAUAGGAAUUAUUUGUUAUUAAUGUAUUUUUUAAAAGUUACCUUUGCACUCCAAUUAAAUUUCAGAUUUUGUUGAUUUGUUGGGUAACCCAGAAGAAUGGACAUUCAAAGGGGAUUUAAAUCAGAUUGAGAUUCCAUUAUCAAAUCUAAUUUUGUAGAUGUUGAAUCCAAGAAAAGAAAGUAGAAUAACUGUUGAAGAGGCUAUUCGGCAUCCAUUUUUUGAGAUCGGAACUAUUCGUGAUGUUAUGGCAUUAUUGAGUAAAGAUGAAAUUGGGCUUGAGAAUUGUAGGAGAUGUAAGUCAUUGCAAAAUAGUCUGAGAAUGAAUGAACGAUGGGGAAAUGUCAUUAAAAAAUUAUAAAGCAGUGCUAAUGAAGAUGAAAAUAUUAACAUUAAUGAUUUAGUAAGAGACUUUGGGAACAUACACAUAAUACACAGACAUACUGAAAAGUGCGGUUUGAUCCAACUAAUGAAUUCAGUGGGAAGUAGCAAUGCUUUAAUGAGUAAAUUGGGAUCGAGAUAAGAAAUACUUGAUAAAAGUUGUGGUCAACAAGGUUGUGUAUAAUCAAUGUAUAGACAAAACAAUCAGUUAACCGUUUGGAGAUGUAGGCAAUGUGGAGAGUAGUUUAGAGAUGAAGGAGGAACAGUAGCAUUCUAACAAUAGGUUACUCUGCCAAUUAGGAAUAACUUUAGAUUAUAGUUUGGAAGUGAUGGAGACUUUGUCUUGUGA